UAAUUGGGCUAGUUCGUUAGUUAGUAGUUAGCAUUAUUAGGUAGUUAGUAUUAUAAGGUAGUUAGUAGAUGAUUCUAAUGAUUAUAGUUUCAGGUAAACAUUAUGAAGGAGAAAUCUGUUGCACGUACAGUUCGUCGCAGUAAGCGCCAGAAAGGUGAAGAUGCGAGUGUUGAGCCAUUGAAAACUCAGAGAAGACCCAGAAAGCUUACUGGUCAAACAGCAGAAGACACAGCAACUGAUAUGCAGAUCGGUACUCAGGAAUCUGCAUUGGAAGAACAUCCUCGUGAAGAAGUAGUAUCACCAGAAAAGGAGAUAGAAAACGAGGAUCCAGAAAACGAAGGAGAUUCACCAGAAAAAGAUGGAGAAGAUCCAGAAGACGAAGGAGAAGAACCAGAAGACGAAGGAGAAGAACCAGAAGACGAAGGAGAAGAACUAGAAAAAGGAGACGCAGAUGAUACGCAGCAUCCAAGUGAAUCAGUCCUUGGUGAGCAGCCAAGUGAAUCAGUCCAAGGUGAGCAGCCAGAGACCAAGACAAAGAGACGAAGAGGGCGUACUAGGAUGAGUAAAGUGGCUAAAAACAUUGAAGACAAGGUUGAAGUUGAAUUUAUAUCUCUCGGUGAACAUGUAGGGGAUGGAUCAGUAACACUUUCCUCAUUUCUUGGUCCACUUGUGAGAGAGCAUGUACCAGUCCUUCUUGGAGAUUGGAGGCACCUUGAUGAACAGAUCAAGGAUACAAUGUGGGAGGAAAUUCAGGCGAGGUUCAAACUGACAGAACAGUGGCAAAAAGAAGCUGUGUUAAAGCAGAUGGGGUGUAUAUGGAGGUCUUCAAAGUCAAGGCUUGUAAGCCUUGUGCGAAAUGUUGGGAGCAUGGAAGAACUUACUAAACUAAAACCAAGCAAUGUUCAAUCUGCGUCAGCUUGGAUGAAUUGGGUGAAGACAAAGAAAGGAAAAGAUUUUAAGGUCACUAGUGACAAAUUCAGGGAAUUGAGGAGAAACCAGAUUCCUCACACAACUAGUCGCAAGGGAAUGGUUCGCUUGGCUCAUGAAAUGAAGAAAAAAAGUUCAAACCCCACGCAAGUGACUAGGAGUAAGGUCUGGAUAGCAGGACAUACACAUUCAGAUGGGAGACCUGUGAGGCCUGAGUUUGAAGAUACUAUUGAAAAAAUCAAAACCCUUGAUACUGAAAUGGAAUCCACUGCCAGUACGAGUGUUAACGACGAUGCUGUGAGUCAGGUCCUAGGAAAAGACAAACCAGGAAGGAUUAGAGGAAUGGGCAGAGGAAUAACUGCUACGAAGAUAGCAUUCAUGCAGGCCAGAGACUCACAUGUACUGAAACUUGAAGCUAAGCAAGCUGAAUUGCAGGAUGAACUUCGUGGUUUGAAGGAUGUAGUUCGUGGAUUAACUGCAUCUAAAAGUAAUCAUGUUGACGGUGUCUCCAAUUCUGAGUUCAGUGAUCUGAGCAAAGGACCUAGGUGUCAGAUUUUAGACUGGUGUUCAGUAGAUGAUGUUGUCAUCGGAGAAGGAGAAUUCUGCUCAUCUGAACCAACUUACAAAAUUGGACGAAUUCCACUUGGUAUGCAUGCUGGUGCUAUUUUAGUUAAGUCUGUUACAAAUGAAGAAGCACCUAUCUGGAGGCCUACGACAUCUGUUACCACACUUGGCCAAGCCAUUGGAAUGAAAAUAGCAUGGCAACUUGAGAAGCUCAUUCUGGAUGAAGACUACUCAGAAAAUAUGCCUACAGAGGGAGAAGGCGAUAAAAUCCUAAUCUAUGAUUGGUCAAAGGAGGAUGUACUUGUUGCUGAGGGUCGUCUCCAGUCAACUGACCCAAAAAAACUGGUUAACAACAUUCCAUUGGGUCCUAGUGCUGCUAUUGUCAAAGUAGAUAGGGUAGUUAAUGAAGAUGGUUCUCUAUGGAGACCAAAUGUGGAGAAGUUGAUGAUUGGUGAUGCACUCGGUGAGAACAUCCCAUGGCCUAUCCAUAAGAUUCUUAAGGCUACUGUACAAGCAAACAGAGAUGAACUGAUGUCUAGAAGUAGAUCGCGUGCGAGUGCAAGUAACAGCUCUAACACCAGCAAGAAUGAGAAAAAGAAGUGCAUCCUCUUAGAUUGCAAGGGAUCAGGAAAAAAGGUUGCAGAAGGUCGAGUUUCCUCGACUAAUCCAGAUGAUGUCGUUCAUUUUGUUCGGUUAGGCCCCAAUGCAAGCAAGAUAUGGGUUGAUGUUCCUCUGAUUGAAGAUGCACCACUUUGGAGACCUAAUUCAGAACUUCAGAUCAUUGCUGAUGCUCAAGGAAGUAUAGUUGCUUGGCCAAAUGACAAACUCCUUUACAUAUGAAUGCUCAAGGAAUGUCUCACAAGAAAUCUACUAUGUUGUUGUACUUUUAAAAAACGUGAAUGCUCUUUAGUACUUUAAAAAACAUAAGCCUUAUGUCUGUGUUGAUUUGUAUGAUUUGUACCACCUUGA